AUGUCCUGUGUUGAAACACAGAAUCUCACGCGUGUUGUCUCCAAAUUCCAUCUUUUGGGCUUCUCCGAGGAUCCAGCACUGCAGCGCCACCUCUUUGGAUUGUUCCUCUCCAUGUACCUGGUCACAGUGCUCGGAAACCUGCUCAUCAUCCUGGCUGUCACCUCUGACCCACACCUCCACACGCCCAUGUACUUCUUCCUCUUCAGCCUGUCCUUGGCUGACGUGGGGUUCACCUCCACCACGGUUCCCAAAAUGAUUGUGGCCAUCCUCACCCACAGCACAGUCAUCUCCUAUGCUGGUUGCCUCACUCAGAUGUCUCUCUUUCUCCUCUUUGGAUGCAUGGAUGAUUUGCUCCUGACGGUGAUGGCCUAUGACCGGUUUGUUGCCAUCUGUCACCCCCUGCAUUACCAGGUCAUCAUGAACCCUCGCCGCUGUGUCUGCCUAAUUACAGUGUCCUUUGUGGUCAGCGUCUCUGAAUCCCUGCUGCAUAACUUGUUGAUAGUACCAGUUACCUGCUUCAAGCAAAUGGACAUUUCUAACUUCUUCUGUGAUCCCUCUCAGCUUCUCAACCUCACUUGCCUUGACACCCUCACCCAUGACACAGUCAGAUACCUUAUUGGCGUCCUAUUCGGUUUCGUUCCAAUCUCAGCGAUCCUCUUCUCUUAUGGGAAAAUCGUUUCCUCCAUCCUGAGGGUCCCAUCGCCUGGUGGCAGGUACAAAGCCUUCUCCACCUGUGGCUCUCACCUGUCUGUGGUUUGCUUAUUUUAUGGAACAGGUUUUGGGGUAUAUCUCAGUUCCGCUUUCUCCACCUCCUCCAGGAAGAAUGCUGUGGCCUCACUCAUGUACACCCUGGUCACCCCCAUGCUGAACCCCUUCAUCUACAGCCUCAGGAACAGGGACAUGAAGGGGGCCCUACAGAGAAUUGCCAACAAGAUCAUCUCAUAUCUCUGA